AACUAUGAUGUAUUGGAGGAUAAUGAUGAUCUUUUUGGUAGUGGUUGGGAUGAUGAUAGAUAUAGUCAUGUUAGUUAUGGUGAUCUUUAUAUCGAUGGCGCUUUUGAUAUUGCUGUUUAUAGUGAAGGAGUGGAGAGUGUGUGCGUUGGUGAUGAUAUUGUUUUUGGUAAUGGCGAUGGUGAUGGUUUUGCUUAUGAUACUGAUGAUGAUGGUGAUGAUAAGAAUUGCUAUAGUGAUGGCAAUUUCUAUGGGAAUGGUGAUGUUGGUGAGAAUGCUGAUAAUGCUGAUAAUGUUGAUGUGGAUGAAUGUGACAGUGAUAUUAUUGGCUAUAGUGGUGUUUAUGAUUAUGGUGAUGGCGAUAUAUGAGGAUAAUGAUAGAGUUGGUGUUGCUUAUGGUGAUGAUGGUUGUGUUUGA